ACGCUAGAAGGAAGGGAGUGCCAUUUGGGAACAGCGACAAGGGAGCUUUUUUUCUUAAAAAAAAAAAGGUUGAGCAACAUAAUCCAUCGCAUAAGUGCUUUUGAUGCAAGCGCAAAGACAAAGGAACACCAAACCUGACUGGUGUGGAGCUCAGAGCAGAAAUAAGAGGCUUUAGGAGACUCGUGGCCAGCUCAACGUCACCGCGUUUCUACCGUUUUCUUUAACGCGUAAAGCUGCAACAGGAAAACUUUUGGAGACGUUUCUGCUACUGUAUCUUUUUUUUAUUAACAACUUUCCGCUGCAUCUUGACAAAUCAUCAGCUCGACCACUGCUGGAUCUAAGCCUUUAACGGGUUCUUACCAAAUAUAGCCUCUGUAAAUGCUGGAGUGUCCUUGACUGAGCGGAGCGGUCUUACAGUGAAUAUUUGCAGCCCUGCCAAAGUUUAUAAUUAAAUACUUAGAUCAUUUUGAGACACCGGGGCUUUUUUUAACCAAGACAUUUAGUCUAAUUUGCAAAGUGGACACUUGAAUCAGUCGGUGCGUUAACAUUUUUAGAAGCUGGCGCGGUUCUUAUAUUUUUCUUUCCUCCCAUUGUGAACUGCAGCAUGUUGAUUUAAAAACGCUCUGUAACCUAUGAUUUCUCCCACCAGGAGCCAUUUUUAAGUCUUUGAUUUACAAUCCUGUCUGAGACACUGAACACCAGCUGCUCAACCUGCUCUGGACUGCAGCCUUAACCUGAGCACAUACACUUUUUAAGCACAAUCUUUUUUUUUCCAUUGUUCUUAAAUCUCCUGCAAUGACUUUUUGUGCGUCUUGCUGCGGGCGCGGUGGAUGUGCCAUGCCUCGCCUUUUCCUCACCAUCUCUGUCUUGGUGCUUGGCUUGACGAUGGGCUGGGCUGGAGCUGAAGCUGAGCAGGCCAAGCCGACCGGGGAGAGCCCACCGGCGGUCACCCUCCGCACUGUGAUCGUGGGAACCUGCCAGGAGGUCCAGCGCUACGCGGAGUCAGUGUUGGGAACCGGCGUAGUGCGGUCAGCUGCUGAGAGUGCAGUGUUGUAUCUUGAAUCAUUGCUUGGUCAGGAGAACAUCUAUAAAGUGGCCAUGUUUCUUGAGAUGGUGAUCCGAUUCCUGGCUGAAGGAGCUGCCAGCGGCCUGAAUGUCAUUGCUGUUUACGUCACAGAGAUCCUGAAGGUCACAGGAUUUGAUGCUGCACUGACGUUGCCCCGAUUCACUCCAGAGGGUGUGACUGCCGUCGCCCAGUGGGGCCUGGUGGCUCUCAUUGGCUACUGGGUGCUGACCAUCGUUUUCCGUCUGCUGAUUGCGGUGGUGAGGCGGGUGUUCUGGAUAGUGAAAACCGUCUUGGCGCUCUGGCUUUUCGGACUGAUGGUGACUGACAAGACUGCCUCUACAGACACCACGGCGGUCCGACUGGCCGGCCUCGUGCUGGUAUGUGUCCUGCUGACUCUUCUCACCUCUGCGUCUGAAAAGUCGGGUGUAGUGGAAAACCGACUGAGCUCCCUGGAGGGCCGGCUAAAGGCAGUAGAGAAGAGGAAAGGGGAAUAGUGAUGGGAGAGGGUUGAGAGGAGUAAAGAUGGACACAGUGAUGGUAAUAUUGAUUAAGUAAACAGUAAUAUUCAUGGUUUCUAUAUGUGUGUGUCAAACUAUUAAGCAAAUAAAUAAAUCUCUGGGACUUUUAA